CCGCCGGCAACAGUGCGAGCUCGGGCUCGCUGUAUUCGCACCUCACUGAGAAUCCCUUCUUUGCCGCCGUACGAUGGACCCUGGUGGUGGCUUCUUGAGUUGGAGGUGUGCUCACCAGUGCCAUAGGGUUUCGGUCUCGCAGCGCUGGGGGUUGCGGCGCGUACAGGCCAGAAAGGACUCCAGCAUGGCGCCGCAUUCGUGCGCCGGCGUAUGCUCGUCGACCUCGAAAUAACCCGCCAUGACGACGCCUACCCGUGGCUCCUCCAAUGGAUGACCAACUACCAUAGGGCACAGCAAGCUGGCGCGAGACCACUUGCGCAAAACACUGCGCUAUCGAGAGUGCUCAAUCGCAUCGAUCCUCGCAUGCACCACCUGCAAGUGCAGACUUUCCAGCCACAAGAGGGGCCUUCGCACGCAGCUCACUUUUCCUUUGUGCCAGGGCCCGGCAAACACUUCCUGCGCUACAAGAACGCCUUCAUCCUCGUCGAUCGACAGCGAGAACGGAACAGUCUGAGCGUCAAGGAUGGCGUGCCCUUUGAGACCAUCAGUCUCACGACGCUAUACUCUCAUCGCGAAGUCUUCGAAGACAUCUUCGCUGAGGCGCACCAAAUCUACCAGCAGUCACAGGAGGGCAAGACGGUCAUAUACAAUUCAAUGGGCACCAUGUGGCAGCCCUUCGGCGAUGCGAAGCGGAAACGCCCCUUGGACUCUGUGGUUCUCGAGCGUGGCGUCAAGGAGAGAAUCGUGGAAGACAUGGAGGCCUUCAUCUCGUCACGCAAGUGGUAUCUGGACCGUGGCAUACCGUACAGACGAGGCUAUCUGCUCUACGGGCCUCCAGGCACAGGGAAAAGCUCCUUCAUCCAGGCUGUCGCAGGCCAUCUAGACUUCAACAUUGCAAUUCUGAAUGUCAGCGAGCGAGGCCUGACCGACGACCGAUUGAACCAUCUGCUGACCAAAGUCCCGCGUCGCACGGUAGUGCUGCUAGAGGAUGUAGAUGUUGCCUUUAUGAAUCGGAAGACGCCCGGACCAGAUGGCUUUGCCAGCGCUUCUGUAACCUUCUCAGGGCUGCUCAACGCGCUGGAUGGAGUUGCCAGUGCCGAAGAGCGCAUCAUAUUCUUGACGACAAAUCACGUCGAGAGGCUGGACGAGGCUCUCAUCCGCCCCGGACGCGUCGACAUGACAGUCCGACUUGGUGAAGCGACAGAGUAUCAGAUUGAGCAGUUGUGGGAACGCUUCUACGCAGAAUUUGAUGUGAGCGGGGAAGCCAAGCAACGGUUCAUGACAAGAGUCAAAGAACUGGGGCUGGUUGACUCGGUGAGCACGGCAUCGCUGCAAGGGCUGUUUCUAUAUAACAAGGAUGACGCCGAGGGGGCCAUCCGCAUGGUAGGGGGCCUCACUGCUGGUCACAAACAACAGCAAGAAGGAGGUCACGCGGGCAUACCCGGGCACGUGGACGUCAAGUGAAGCGGAAUCAUCUAAUACAUGUGACAUGACGUCAGUACGGAAUAGCCAUGUACCAAUAUUUGUAGAGCGAAGCAAAUUCUGAAUGUUCACAACAUGUUAGACCCC